AUGACUUCAGUGUCAGUGAUGGAGGGAGAUUCUGUCACUCUACAAACUGAUGUUACUGAAAUACAGAGAGAUGAUCAGAUACUGUGGAUGUUUGGACCUCGACAGACUCGAAUAGCUGUAAUCUAUGAGCAGACAAUAUUUUUUGAUAACAGUAAAUUCAGAGGUAGGCUACAGCUGGACAAUAAGACUGGAUCUCUCACUAUCAUGAACACCACCACAACAGAUUCUGGACUUUAUAAACUACAGAUCAUUAAGGAAGAUAUUGCAUACAAGAGUUUCAGCGUUAUAGUCUUUGAUCCACUGCCUGUUCUUAAAAUUACCAGACACUCUUCUGCAUUAAGCACUAAAUGUGUGUUGGAGUGUUCAGUGGAGAAUGUGACACAGGUGACUCUCUCCUGGUAUAAAGGAAACAGUUUAUUCUCCUCCGUCAUUAACUAUGAUUUUAGCAGGAACCUCCAUCUUCUUCUUGAGGAUGAAUAUCAACUUAGAAACACCUACAGAUGUAUAGUGUCCCAUACAAUCAGCAACCAGACUAAACAUCUUGACAUUAACAAUCCCUGUACUUACUGUAAAGAGGUAGUUGGAAUGAAGACAGUGUCAGUGAAUGAGGGAGAAACCAUCACUCUUCAAGCGGAUGUUUUUGACAUAAAAACAGAGAAUCACAUAAGGUGGACAUUUGGACAUGAAGAGGAGUGUAUAGCUGACAUAAUAAAAAGUACCAAUUAUAGCUUCAAAUGUGACCAUGAAGGAGGGAUAUUCAGAGACACGCUUCUGGACAGUCAGACUGGAUCACUCACUAUCAACAACAUCAGCAAAGUACAUGCAGGACUCUACAAACGAAUCCUUUGUCCUCCAUUCCCAUCAUCAUCAGAGUCUCUGUCUCAAUGUUCUUCAAGCUCUAAAUGUGUGUUGCUGUGUUCAGUGGUGAAUGUGACACAUGUGACUCUCUCCUGGUACAAAGGAAACAGUUUAUUGUCCUCCAUCAGUGUGUCUGAUCUCAACAGCAGUCUCUCUCUACCUCUGGAGGUGGAAUAUCAGGAGAACAACACCUACAGCUGUGUGGUGUCCAGUUUAUACACCAACCAGGCUCAACAUAUCAACAUUACUGAAGUCUGUCAGAAAUGUUCAGGUAUGACAGUAGCAUGA